AUGAGGGGGAGAUGUGUUGGGUUGUGUUUCCUUGCGCUGGCUCUUGUUAUUGUUGAUGAUGUACAGGCCCGACUGGUUCGGAACCAUGUCAGCAGCAUCUGCAGCACGUGGGGCCGCGAGCACUUCAAGACGUUCGACGGGGACGUGUUCCAGUUUCCUGCCAUGUGUGACUACAAUCUGGUCUCUGACUGCCACGAGUCCUACCAGGAGUUCUCAGUGCACAUGAGGAGGAGGGAGAAUGAUGGAGACCCCACUGUCAGCAACGUGGUGGUCACCCUCAGUGACUUGUCCUUCCGACUCAGCAAGACGCUGGUCACUGUGAACAACGAGCCUGUCAAGCUGCCGUACUACAACGCAGGGGUCCAAGUGGAAAAAAAUGCUGUUUACCUCAAACUCCAUUCCAAAGUGGGCAUCACGGUCAUGUGGAACACUGACGAUGCAAUCAUGGUGGAACUGGAUCAGGACUAUGCCAAUCGCACAUGUGGACUUUGUGGAGACUUCAAUGGUGUUGCAGUCUACGAUGAGUUCGUUCACAAUGGUCGCCGAAUCAGCCCAAUUGAGUUUGGCAACAAACACAAAGUCCAUAAUCCAAACGAAGAUUGUGAGGACCCCUAUGAAGAGGAUUAUGAAUCACUGGACGCUGUGAAUGUGGCCGAGUCAUGCGCGAAAUUUCAAACCACCUGUAACCAGAUGUUGCGUUCAGAGUCCUGGAGCUCCUGCGUCCAGCUGAUCGACCCUGAACCUUACAUCCAGGCCUGCGUGCAGGACAUGUGCGGCUGCGCCAACCUCACAAACGACUUCUGUGUCUGCAGCACAAUGUCUGAGUUCUCUCGACAGUGUUCCCAUGCAGGAGGGCAGCCUCCCAGCUGGAGGACACCUCAGUUCUGUGCUCAACAGUGCCCCCUCAACAUGGUGUAUGAGGAGAGCGGUUCACCUUGUUUGGACACUUGCUCCCAUCAGGACACGAGUUCACUGUGUGAGGACCACAAAAUGGACGGCUGCUUCUGUCCUCCUGGAACUGUGUUUGAUGAUAUUUCCAUGAGAGGGUGCAUCAUUCAAUCUGAGUGUCAGUGCAAACACGACAAGGUCUAUGACUCCGGUGAGGUUUACCGACAAGACCGAUCAGAGUGUACAUGUUUGGAAGGUAGAUGGGCCUGUAAGAGCCUCCAAACACCUGCUACAUGUGCAGUCGAGGAGGGCUCACAUGUCACCACCUUUGAUGGGAAAACCUUCACCUUCCAUGGAGAUUGCUAUUACACCUUAGCCAAGGUGGACAGCAAGGACGACACAAGUCCAAAGUUCACCAUCCUGAUCCAGCUGGCGCCUUGUGCAAACCAAGAGUUUGAUACUUGUCUGAAAACCCUGAAGAUCCUGCUGAACAAUGACAGAAACAAUGUAUUAACGUUCACUUCAGAUGGAAAAGUGAAGCAGAAUACACAGACCAUCAGUUUGCCCUACCAGGCUCUAGGUGACAUCAACAUCUUCCAGGCUUCGUCCUUUCACAUUUUGCUCCAGACCAGGUUUGGGUUGCAGAUUCAGAUCCAGCAUGUGCCCGUCAUGCAAGUCUAUGUGAGUCUGGAUCCGAGAUACAGAGCAAAUACAAGAGGUUUAUGUGGCAACUACAACAUGGUCCUGUCUGAUGAUAUGAAGACACCUCAGGGGAUCGUGGAAGGAACAGCCAUCACUUUCAGUAACUCCUGGAAGGCCAACCUCAUGUGUCGAGACCGAGAUGAGAGACUGGACGACCCCUGUUCCCUCAGUGUAGAGAAUGAGCUGUACGCCAAACACUGGUGCGCCCUGCUGCUGAAACCAAACAGCACCUUUGCACAGUGUCGCUCAGCAGUGGAUCCUGAGAUGUACUACAAGCGAUGCACUUAUGCGAGCUGUAACUGUGAGAAGAGUGAGGCCUGCUUGUGCGCCGUCUUCUCCUCUUAUGCGCGGGCUUGUGCAGCGAAGGGAGUGUUCUUAAAAGACUGGAGAGAGAACGUGUGCGACAAAUACUCAAGUAGCUGCCCGGCAUCUCAGACCUUCUCUAACAAACAUCAGAGAUGCCAGUUGACCUGCAAAUCGCUGGGCUCAAAUCAGCAGAGCUGCUCCUCCGACUUCCUGCCUGUGGACGGCUGCUCCUGCGCUGAGGGUCUCUACCUGAAUGACAAAGGCGUCUGCGUCCCCAUGGCAAAGUGUCCCUGCUACUACAACGAAGCAUACAUCAAGCCAGGGAAGUCCAUGAGCAUCAAGGACGAACACUGUGUUUGCACCAAUGGGAUGCUUCACUGUCAUUCUUGGAGAGCCCGCUUAUCAAAAUGCCCUAUUCCAAAAGAGUUUUUCAACUGCUCCUCUCCGGGCACAGGAGAGCUUGGAGUCCAGUGUGCCCGAACCUGUUUGAAUCUGGACAACAACGAUUGUGACUUCACAGAGUGUGAAUCAGGUUGCCAGUGUCCCAGUGGCCUCGUUGAUGAUGGCAAAGGUUCCUGUGUGAAAGAGAACGAAUGUCCAUGUCAGCACGACGGGCAUCUGUACGCCCGAGGGGCAACAAUUCCUGACAAGUGUAACAACUGUACCUGCAAGAGUGGAAAGUGGGAAUGCACAGACAAAAAAUGUCCAGGAACUUGUAUCAUCUAUGGAAGUGGUCACUACUCCACAUUUGAUGAGCAAACAUAUGCCUUUCAAGGAGAUUGUGCCUACAUUGCUGUCAAGAACAAGUGUGGCAAUACAACUGUAGAGCACAACUUUGGAAUUGUCACAGAGAAUGUACCGUGUGGAUCUACAGGCACCACCUGCUCCAAAACUAUCAGGAUCCAACUUGGGCGAACGGAAAUCAGACUAGCAAAGGGUAAAUACGAAAAGGAGGACCUGGGACACGGCCCUGAUAUUCCGAUUAAUAUAAGAAAGGUCGGCUUGUACUUGGUGGUAGAAUCUUCCAUCGGUGUGGCAGUGAUGUGGGAUCGCAAAACAACUGUUCGCGUCCUCCUGGAACCCCAGCACAGCGGAAAGGUGUGUGGCCUGUGCGGAGAUUUUGACGGUGAUGUCCAGAAUGACUUCACCACCCAGGGUCAGCUGGAGGUGAGCACUCCCACAGAAUUUGCAAACAGCUGGAAAGUGCACAGCACCUGCCCAGAUGCAGAAACAAGUGUCGACCCUUGCAAAGCGACACCCAAUCGACAUCACUGGGCAAAAUCGAUGUGCAGCAUUAUAACCGGGCCAACGUUCCAAGGCUGCCACAAUAAGGUAAACCCCCUUCCAUUCUAUGAAAACUGCGUGAAAGACUCAUGUGCCUGUGACACUGGAGGAGACUGUGAGUGUUUCUGCACAGCGGUCGCAGCUUAUGCUCAAGCUUGUAAUGAAGCUGAAGUCUGUGUUGCAUGGAGAACUCCAGACAUCUGUCCUGUCUUUUGUGAUUAUUACAACAACCCAGAAGACUGCAUGUGGCAUUACAACCCUUGUCACAAACCUUGUUACAAGACCUGUCUAAAUCCAGAAGGAACUUGUAUUAACCCUAUACCCAAUCUUGAAGGCUGUUACCCUGUAUGCCCAGAAGAUAAACCCAUAUUUGAUGAGCACAACCAGACUUGUGUGGAGGAAUGUGAAGGUUGCUUUUAUAAUGGGACGCGAUAUGAAGAAAAUGAAGUUAUUUAUAAUGUGAACGAUAGCUUGGGAAUGUGCUACUAUGCAAUCUGCAUCAAUGCAACAGUGAUAUUUGGAAAUGAAACCUGCAUCACUUCAACUACUGAACCAACAAAACCCCCCACUCCAACUGAAACUUCAACCCAAAGCUCUACAGCCCCACCAACUGGAACCCCAACUCAUGGGCCAACUUCAACCACAGAGUCUACAACCCCGACAACCAAACCAACAACAACAACUACAGGGCAAACCACAACCACAGAGUCUACAACCACAACAACCAAACCUCCUACUACAACUGUGCGGCCAACCACAACCCCAGCGCCUACAACCACAACAACCAAACCUCCUACUACAACUGCAGGGCCAACCAAAACCACAACCCCGACAACCAAACCAACAACAACAACUACAGGGCCAACUACAACCACAGAGUCUACAAUCAAAACAACAACAACAACACAACCACCUACAACAACUGCAGGGCCAACCACAACCACAGAGUCUACGACCACAGCAACAACAAAACCACCUACGACAACUGCAGGGCCAACCCCAACCACAGAGUCUACAACCACAACAACCAAAUCUCCUACUACAACGCCAGAGCCAACCACAACCACAGAGUCUACAACCACAACAACCAAACCAACAACAACAACUACAGGGCCAACCACAACCAAAUCUGGCACAACCCCUUGUAUUGACACGUGUGAGUGGUCAGAAUGGUAUAAUGUGCAUGACCCAAUAACGGACAAAAAUGACUGGGAAACAUAUGAGAAUAUUACAAAAAGCGGUAAAGAAAUUUGCAAAACCCCAGAAGAAAUUGAUUGUAGAUCAGUACUUUAUCCUGAGAUGACCCUCGAUGAAUAUACGGCUGAAACUGGCCAAGUUGUCAGUUGUGAUUUGGGAAUUGGUUUAAUAUGUAAAAAAGAGAACCAGUUUAGACCACAAAAGUGUUUUGACUAUAAGAUCAGAGUAUGUUGUCCAUGUGAGCACACAACUCAUACAACUACACCAACUAUAAUUUCAAGUACAAAAGAGACAACAAUAAAAUCUACAACAGAGCCUCCUACUACAACUACAACCACAGAGUCUACAACCACAACGACCAAACCUCCUACUACAACACCAGAGCCAACCACAACCACAGAGUCUACAACCACAACGACCAAACCUCCUACUACAACACCAGAGCCAACCACAACCACAGAGUCUACAACAACAACGACCAAACCUCCUACUACAACACCAGAGCCAACCACAACCACAGAGUCUACAACAACAACAACCAAACCUCCUACUACAACGCCAAAGCCAACCACAACCACAGAGUCUACAACCACAACAACCAAACCACCUACGACAACUGCAGGGCCAACCACAACCACAGAGUCUACAACCACAACAACCAAACCUCCUACUACAACGCCAGAGCCAACCACAACCUCAAAGUCUACAACCACAACAACCAAACCUACUACAACAACGCCAGAGCUAACCACAACCACAAAGUCUACAACCACAACAACCAAACCACCUACGACAACUGCAGGGCCAACCACAACCACAGAGUCUACAACCACAACAACCAAACCACCUACGACAACUGCAGGGCCAACCAAAACCACAAAGUCUACAACAACAACAACAACAACGACAACAACAACGACAACUAAACCACCUACGACAACUGCAGAGCCAACCACAACCACAGAUGAACAUAUAACCAUAACGUCAGAGACUACUCAGACACCAAGUACCACAGAGUCUACAACCACAACAACCAAACCACCUACGACAACGCCAGAGCCAACCACAACCACAGAGGCUACAACUACAACAACCAAACCUCCUACUACAACGCCAGAGCCAACCACAACCACAACCACAGAGUCUACAACCACAACAACCAAACCACCUACGACAACGCCAGAGCCAACCACAACCACAGAGUCUACAACCACAACAACCAAACCUACAACAACAACGCCAGAGCCAACCACAACCACAGAGUCUACAACCACAACAACCACACCUACAACAACAACGCCAGAGCCAAGCACAACCACAGAGUCUCCAACCACAACAACCAAACUUACAACAACGCCAGAGCCAACCACAACCACAGAGUCUACAACUACAACAACCAAACCUACAACAACAACGCCAGAGCCAAGCACAACCACAGAGUCUCCAACCACAACAACCAAACUUACAACAACGCCAGAGCCAACCCCAACCACAGAGUCUACAACCACAACAACCAAAUCUCCUACUACAACGCCAGAGCCAACCACAACCACAGAGUCUACAACCACAACAACCAAACCAACAACAACAACUACAGGGCCAACCACAACCAAAUCUGGCACAACCCCUUGUAUUGACACGUGUGAGUGGUCAGAAUGGUAUAAUGUGCAUGACCCAAUAACGGACAAAAAUGACUGGGAAACAUAUGAGAAUAUUACAAAAAGCGGUAAAGAAAUUUGCAAAACCCCAGAAGAAAUUGAUUGUAGAUCAGUACUUUAUCCUGAGAUGACCCUCGAUGAAUAUACGGCUGAAACUGGCCAAGUUGUCAGUUGUGAUUUGGGAAUUGGUUUAAUAUGUAAAAAAGAGAACCAGUUUAGACCACAAAAGUGUUUUGACUAUAAGAUCAGAGUAUGUUGUCCAUGUGAGCACACAACUCAUACAACUACACCAACUAUAAUUUCAAGUACAAAAGAGACAACAAUAAAAUCUACAACAGAGCCUCCUGCUACAACUACAACCACAGAGUCUACAACCACAACGACCAAACCUCCUACUACAACACCAGAGCCAACCACAACCACAGAGUCUACAACAACAACAACCAAACCUCCUACUACAACGCCAAAGCCAACCACAACCACAGAGUCUACAACCACAACAACCAAACCACCUACGACAACUGCAGGGCCAACCACAACCACAGAGUCUACAACCACAGCAACCAAACCAUCUACGACAACUGCAGGGCCAACCACAACCACAAAGUCUACAACAACAACAACAACAACGACAACAACAACGACAACUAAACCACCUACGACAACUGCAGAGCCAACCACAACCACAGAUGAACAUAUAACCAUAACGUCAGAGAAUACUCAGACACCAAGUACCACAGAGUCUACAACCACAACAACCAAACCACCUACGACAACGCCAGAGCCAACCACAACCACAGAGUCUACAACUACAACAACCAAACCUCCUACUACAACACCAGAGCCAACCAAAACCACAGAGGCUACAACUACAACAACCAAACCUCCUACUACAACGCCAGACACAACCACAGAGUCUCCAACCACAACAACCAAACUUACAACAACGCCAGAGCCAACCACAACCACAGAGUCUAUAACCACAACAACCAAACCUACUACAACAACGCCAGAGCCAACCACAACCACAGAGUCUACAACCACAACAACCAAACCUACAACAACAACGCCAGAGCCAACCACAACCACAGAGACUACAACCACAACAACCAAAUCUCCUACUACAACGCCAGAGCCAACCACAACCACAGAGGCUACAACUACAACAACCAAACCUCCUACUACAACGCCAGAGCCAACCACAACCACAACCACAGAGUCUACAACCACAACAACCAAACCACCUACGACAACGCCAGAGCCAACCACAACCACAGAGUCUACAACCACAACAACCAAACCUACAACAACAACGUCAGAGCCAACCACAACCACAGAGUCUACAACCGCAACAACCAAACCACCUACGACAACGCCAGAGCCAAGCACAACCACAGAGUCUACAACCACAACAACCAAACCUACAACAACAACGCCAGAGCCAAGCACAACCACAGAGUCUACAACCACAACAACCAAACCUCCUACUACAACACAAGAGCCAACCAAAACCACAGAGGCUACAACUACAACAACCAAACCUCCUACUACAACGCCAGAGCCAACCACAACCACAACCACAGAGUCUACAACCACAACAACCAAACCACCUACGACAACGCCAGAGCCAACCACAACCACAGAGUCUACAACCACAACAACCAAACCUACAACAACAACGCCAGAGCCAAGCACAACCACAGAGUCUCCAACCACAACAACCAAACUUACAACAACGCCAGAGCCAACCACAACCACAGAGUCUACAACUACAACAACCAAACCUACAACAACAACGCCAGAGCCAAGCACAACCACAGAGUCUCCAACCACAACAACCAAACUUACAACAACGCCAGAGCCAACCACAACCACAGAGUCUACAACCACAACAACCAAACCUACUACAACAACGCCAGAGCCAACCACAACCACAGAGUCUACAACCACAACAACCAAACCUACAACAACAACGCCAGAGCCAACCACAACCACAGAGACUACAACCACAACAACCAAAUCUCCUACUACAACGCCAGAGCCAACCACAAACACAGAGGCUACAACUACAACAACCAAACCUCCUACUACAACGCCAGAGCCAACCACAACCACAACCACAGAGUCUACAACCACAACAACCAAACCACCUACGACAACGCCAGAGCCAACCACAACCACAGAGUCUACAACCACAACAACCAAACUUACAACAACAACGUCAGAGCCAACCACAACCACAGAGUCUACAACCGCAACAACCAAACCACCUACGACAACGCCAGAGCCAAGCACAACCACAGAGUCUACAACCACAAAGACCAAACCUACAACAACAACGCCAGAGCCAAGCACAACCACAGAGUCUACAACCACAACAACCAAACCUACAACAACACCAGAGCCAACCACAACCACAGAGUCUACAACCACAACAACCAAACCUACAACAACACCAGAGCCAACCACAACCACAUCUACAACCACAACAACCAAACCUACUACAACAACGCCAGAGCCAACCACAACAACAGAGUCUACAACCACAACAACCAAACCUACUACUACAACGCCAGAGCCAACCACAACCACAGAGUCUACAACCACAACAACCAAAUCUCCUACUACAACGCCAGAGCCAACCACAACCACAGAGUCUACAACCACAACAACCAAACCUACUACAACAACGCCAGAGCCAACCACAACCACAGAGUCUACAACCACAACAACCAAACCUACUAUAACAACGCCAGAGCCAACCACAACCACAGAGUCUACAACCACAACAACCAAACCUACUACAACAACGCCAGAGCCAACCACAACCACAGAGUCUACAACCACAACAACCAAACCUACUACAACAACGCCAGAGCCAACCACAACCACAGAGUCUACAACCACAACAACAAAACCUACUACAACAACGCCAGAGCCAAGCACAACCACAGAGACUGUAAGCGCCACCACAGUAUGCUACUGCAUAGUUAAUGGAAAGCAGUACAAGCCAGAAAGUUGCACCACGCCUAUGACUACACCUACACCUACGACUACACCUACAACAAUACCUCCUACCUGUCCUACUUGGAAUGUAACACAAAAUGAGACAUUCUUUCUCUGCAACUGCACCAUGGCCAAAUGCCUUGAGAACAAUACAAUUGAAAUUGUUGAAUAUGAAUGUCCAAUCCCCGUGCCCAUCAAUUGUACCAACGGACACAAUGCAACUCUUGUGUGGGACAAGUACUACUGCUGCCAAUAUUAUGUUUGUGACUGUUCAUGUGAAGGCUGGGGAGAUCCUCAUUACAUCACAUUUGAUGGAUUGUUCUACAGUUACCAAGGAAACUGCACUUACGUUUUGAUGGAAGAGAUUUUACCAAAGCAUGGGCUGAAGAUUUAUGUUGACAACGUCUAUUGUGAUCCAACUGAAGAUGUUUCUUGUCCGCGAUCUUUGAUUAUAUCAUAUAAUUCGCAAAUGGUCAAACUUAUAAAUCAUAAUCUUAUGGGAGCAGCACAGUUGGAGGCUCUGAAAAAUGGAGUACGUCUGAAGCUACCUUAUUCACAAAACGGCAUUAAGAUCUUAAGUUCUAAACUUAACAUGGUUCUGGAGAUCCCCCGUUUAGAAGUGGUCAUUACAUUUGGAAUAACUGGCUUUAGCAUUGACCUUCCAUUUCAAUACUUUGGCCAAAACACUCAGGGCCAUUGUGGAACUUGUGACAACAACCAGGCCAAUGACUGCAGGUUGCCUGGAGGCCAGCUGAUUGAAAGUUGUGCAGUGAUGGCUGACUAUUGGCCUGCCGAAGACCUUGACAAACCCAAAUGUGAGAUACCAUCUGUGCUGCCCACCAAAGUACCUCCCCCUCCACCAGAGUUAAUUCCAUGCAAGCCGGAUAGCUUGUGCGACCUUCUUAGAAGCAGCAUCUUUGCAGCGUGCCAUCCAGUUGUGUCCAUUGAGAACUUCUACCGAGGUUGUGUUUAUGACAGCUGUCAUGUUUCAAACCCAGCAGUGGAGUGCACAAGUUUGCAGACUUAUGCUGCUGCCUGUGCCCAGGCUGGGGUUUGCCUAAACUGGAGGAACCACACUACACUGUGUGCAAGUGACUGCCCAUCAAACACAGUUUACAAACCAUGUAGUCCUGUAGAACAGCCCACCUGCGAAGACAAUCCUGAUGAAGUAAUGAUGAACUAUGCUACCGAGGGCUGCUUUUGUCCAGAUGGAAUGAAACUCUUCAACAAAGAGUCUGGCGUGUGUGUUGAUAAGUGUGGGUGUCUUGAUCCCGAGGGCAUUCCUCGUGAGUUCGAUGAGCAGUUUGAGUACAAAUGCCAAGACUGCGUCUGUGAGGAGUCCACUAAGACUGUGACCUGUAAGCCCAAGGUUUGCCCAGUGCCACCUGAAGAAACCUGCACUGGUCCAGGGUUCAUCCUUGUCAACCAAACGAAUCCGUCAGACAGCUGUUGUUUUUCCCUUGUUUGCCAAUGUAAAAGCAGCACUUGCCCAGUUAACAGCAUGAAGUGUCCAGUUGGAUAUAUGCCAGUCGUCAGUGUCCCUGAGGGGAAAUGCUGUUUAGAACUUACAUGUGAGCCUAAAAGAGUUUGUGUCCACAAAGGGGCUGAGUACCAGCCUGGAUCUCCAGUUCCUGCUGCGAUUUGUCAAGACUGUAUCUGUAGUACUCAGGUGGACCCCAAUACUAAACUUUUCAAAGUAACCUGUGAGUUUAAGCAAUGUCAAGAAACCUGUGACAAGGGAUAUGAAUAUAUGGAAACUGAUCCAAAAGUAUGUUGUGGAAAGUGUGUACAGACACACUGUGAACUCAGUCUGAACGGUACCAAGCAUCUGUUGACGCCGGGAGAAACCUGGUCACCACCUGAGAACAUGUGUGAGCAUCACACCUGUAUUAAGAGCGGUGAGACUUUACUAACGACCAGCUCACAUAUCGUGUGUCCACCUUUCCAGCAGAGCAACUGCCACCCUGAUACAAUUCAGACUGCAGCCAAUGGUUGUUGUAAAAUAUGUGAAGAGAAGGAGAAAGCCUGCAAGUUGGUACCCAUGAAAAUCCAGAUAUUGCAAAACGACUGUAUGUCUUCUGAGAUGAUAGACAUGCCGUACUGUGAAGGAUCCUGCAAUACUUUCAGCAAGUACUCUGAGGCAUUAGCUUCUCUGCAGCAUUCCUGCUCCUGCUGUAAGGAGACAAAGACCAGCAGACACACUGUGGACUUGAACUGCCUGAAUGGAGACGUGGUUCGCUACACCUACACACACGUGGAAGAGUGUGGCUGUGGCCACACAGACUGCACUACACCUCCUGGAAAAUCUGCUCGCAGGAGGCGAAGCUUCACGCUAGUGUAG